CGCUAGGCAAAGAGCAGCGACUUCACUUUCACAAGAGUCACGGCAGCCAGCCUCGACGACGACGGUGACAACGAUGACGGCAGUGCAAGUCUGGGGCCGGUGCUGCAACGGCGAAGUGGAGAUCAUCUACUACGAUGAGAAGUACCGUGAGCAGUCGAUGGACGUUUUGCGGAAGUCAUUUUUCCUCAAUGAAGCCGUUUGCAUUGGUUCGGAAGUGAAUCUCGACCCGCAAGCUCAACUUGACCUGGAACAGCUCUGUCUGGACGUGGGACGGAGUGGGACUUCCCUGAUCGCUAGACAUGUACCCAGCGAUCGAAUUGUGGGCGUUUCGUUCAACGUGCUGCAGACGCCAAGUGCACCGGGUGAGCUCAACUAUUUUGAAACGUUCCGCGACCAGCACUGCCUCUCGGAAAGUUCGAAGAAUCUCAUGCAGUACAUGAUCACGAUGGACGGCAAGGUGGACCUGUUUGAAAAGUUCAACAUCGACUGUCUGUUUGAAAUCAUGUUUCUGGCGACGCUUCCGGAAUUUGAAGGGAAAGGCAUCGGAUCAGCGCUGGUGUCUAGCUCGAUUGAGCUAGCCAAGCUGUUGAAGCAAGGUCAGGCAACGGAGAAUCUCCCGGAAGAUUCCAAGCACAAGCGACCGCAGUUGGUGUCUGCGCUGUUCACUUCGAGAAUUUCGCAGAGAGUUGGAACGAAAAACCAAUUCAAACAAAUCAACGAAGUUCCACAUUCGGAGUUUGUAUUUCGCGGUAAAUCUUACACCGAACGCAUCGGGCCCGAUCACCCCACAUCAAUACUGGUAGUGAGAGAAAUCUAAUGUGAUAAUUGUUGACACAUCCGGGCGGGCAACGGACGGACAAUGACCCAUGUGAUAUGGAGGCGACGUGUUAGUGUGUCAAAAGUGUGUGAAGCGCUUAUCUUGCAGAAUUAGGCACAAUGUGUGUCGUCACUGGACUGGGUGUGCGACUCAUGUAGCAACAAAAUCGGAGUUGAAUUGAUAUUCACUGUUUUCUUUAUUGAGAGUUAUUCGUGUUAAUUUUGAAAUGUACAAGUAAAGAACAACUAAUAAAGAUUGCAGAGCAGA